CUCUAUUUAGCAUGAUCAUUUCACUUUUCGAUCGUCGCCAUUUUGUAAGCGCCCUGCCUAAGAGUGUGUCAUGGACUUCAGCUGGAUUAAAUGUGUAUUACCCGGGAGGAACUGUAAAGAACCAGCCAGACAGCCCGCCCGCCGAGCUGCCCACCCGGCCGAGCUGUACUUUGUGUAUGCCAAUAUGCCGACAUGCUCGAGCCUGGUUGCUGUAGCCACAGGGGAAUUUUCAAGGACAAGAACCAGUGCUGGUAAAAAUGUGGUCUCAUGUGGUUUUCCAUACCGGCAUUCAGCAAGGAUUUCAGAGAAAGGAAUACUGUCUCCGAAUCACGAUGUGCCAAUAAGCUCCAGUUAGCUGUGCCUUUUUCCUCCCACCGGUAGUCAUUCAAUCUAAAUCCAGGAGAUGCAGCUCUGAAUCCAAUAUUUCAGGAGAAUAAAUAUCCACUAUCCGAAGAACAUUCAGACGUUCUAAAUGGACCAUUGUCCUGUUGCCAUGGAAAUCAUUAUGAGGAGGAGCACACAAACUGUCACUUGUUUUGGAUAUCAGAUGUACCACGAACUGACCAUAAACUUUUCAGAUGCUCUGGUUGUUUCAUCAGCCAAUUUCGAUGUAAAUUUUACUGAAUAAUGACAAACAGUCUUACUCAUAAGCAUCUCAUACUCAUUCGUAUUCCACAACUAAACAUGCUUGCAAUUACACUGUGCCAUCUAUCAUAAUAUAGCAAUGCUGCAAUGUCCACAUUUUUUUGUACCAGUUGUUGCUUUAUACUGAAACUUUUAUUGAAAAUGGUGCAUAAACACUGACAACACAUCAAUGUUACGUUCAUACAUUUGUACAUGUUCUUUCAGUGUUGAUAAUGUUGACAUAUUUCAUGUACAUUUACACAUGUGUUUAUUGCCAACCUCAUCAAAACAUGCAUAGUUUGCUCACAUACAUAUUUCCAAAACAGACAUUUACUGAAUGUAUUACUA